AUGGAAACCGCCUAUUUGGGUUCAGCGUUUGUUCACCGAGCUCUUCAGAGAGCGAUUGAUCUGACGGAUGCUGCUUAUGCAAACACUAGAGAGAGGGUGAAGAAGUCAUUUUCUGAAGGAGCUCUGAGACCAAGUGACCUGCUGGCCCAGUUUAAACAGGUGGAAACCAGAACCAGGACUCACAUUCGCUCUGCUGAGCUGCUGGAAAACACAGUGGAGCUGAUCAGAGAGAUGGUCUACACCAGCACCAUGCUGCAGCCCAGUCCGUCUGAGCUUCUGAGUGAAGGGGACGUGGAGGACCUGCUGCAGGUGACGGGCUGCUCCACGGAGCUGCACUCGCCCACCUGUCAGACGGACUGUCUGUCUGAGCGCUACAGGUCCAUCACAGGCGAAUGCAACAACAGGGAGCAUCCAAAAUGGGGCGCUGCAAACAUCCCGUAUUCCCGCUGGCUGCCUCCAGAAUAUGAAGAUGUGUGGGGGACACCCAGAGGCUGGGAGCCCAAACACACCUACCACAAUGUCAGCCUGCCUCCUGUACGGCUGGUGUCACAGGAAGUUCUGUUUACCCACAAUGAUAAAAUCUCAGCGGACUCCUCUUUGUCCCACCUGCUGGUGGACUGGGGUCAGUGGAUGGAUCACGACAUGGUGCUGACCCCUCAGAGCCCCAGUACAGCCACCUUUAAGACGGGUGACGACUGCACCCGCAGCUGCAGCCGGGACUCACCCUGCUUCCCUAUUCAGAUCCCCUCUUCUGAUCCUCGCAGCGGCAUCCAGAGCUGUAUGCCUUUCUUCCGCUCCGCUCCCAGCUGUAACAGCAGAGUCCUGCCUCGUUCCCACCGAGAGCAGCUCAACGCCAUCACCUCCUUUGUAGAUGCCAGCAUGGUGUACGGUAGCUCCCCCAGUUUGGCUUCAGCUCUCAGGAACCACUCGUCUCCUGUGGGCUCCAUGAACCUCAACUCCCAGUUCUGGGAUGAGGAGCUGCCCUACAUGCCAUUCCUGCCCCGCGUGCAGGCUCACCUGGACCCCUGCGGCCCCCGUAACUCCACCACUUUGGGGCCAUCUAGUAGAUCUCCGCUCCUAGAGAACACCACUUCAUGCUUUCACGCAGGGGAUUCAAGAGUUAAUGAGCAUCUGGGACUGAUUGUGCUGCACACACUUUUUCUGAGGGAGCACAACAGGCUGGUGAAAGAGCUGCACCAGCUCAACCCCCACUGGAGUCCAGAGACCCUCUAUCAGGAAGCGAGGAAGAUCAUAGGAGCCAUUCACCAGAUCCUAACCUGGGAGCGCUACUUGCCACGUGUGCUGGGUGAGGGCGCCAUGACCCGGCUGAUGCCGCCCUACCAGCAGUAUGAUCCAGACAUGGACCCAAGUAUCGCCAACACCUUCGCUACUGCCGCCUUUCGUUUUGCACACGUCACCAUACAGCCCAUGGUGACCCGGCUGGGUCCAGAGUACACCCUUAACCCCAAAUAUCCUCCUCUUCCUCUUCAUCACUCACUGUUUGCCUCCUGGAGGGUCGUGGAGGAAGGGGGUAUUGACCCUGUGCUGCGAGGCAUGCUGCUCUCUCCCGCCAAGCUGCAAACUGCAGGUCAGAUGAUGGUGGAGGAGCUCACAGAGAAGCUGUUUCAGGCACACGGAGGGAUGCCUCUGGACCUGGGAGCGCUGAACCUGCAGAGGGGCCGGGACCACGGCCUGCCUGGUUACAGCUCAUGGCGACGGUUCUGUAAUCUCUCUGCUCCCAACUCUACCUCAGAACUGGCAGAAAUUUUAGGGAACUCCACCUUAGCUCAUAAAUUUAAGCUUUUAUACGGGACCCCGCACAACAUGGAUGUGUGGGUGGGGGCCAUAUCUGAGCCCCCUCUGCCCGGCGGACGAGUGGGACCGCUCCUGUCCUGCCUGCUGGCCAAACAGUUCAGAGCACUGAGAGACGGAGACAGGUUCUGGUGGGAGAAGAACGGCGUCUUCACCAGAACCCAGAGGAGACACCUGCACAACGUCUCCCUGUCCCGCAUCAUUUGUGACAACAGCCACAUCACCCAUGUCCCUGCGGACCCGUUUUCACGGACGGAGAGCUCAGAUGACAUGCUGACCUGUUCCCAUCCACUCAUCCCCCAUCUGGACCUCAGCCCCUGGAAAGAGCCACAAACCGAUCCCAUCUGUGGUCCGAUACCCAGGAUCCACUCAGGCUACUCGCUGCUGUGCAACUCGACAGUCCUUUAUGAGUGUCAGGCUGGAUUCAAGCUGCUGGGCUCUCCACACAUUAGAUGUGAUUCAGAGAGCCAGAGGUGGAGCUCGCCGCCUCCAACAUGUGAAGGUGGAGGAAACAUGUCUGAAUCCCUCAUCCUUUGCAAACUGCUAAAAUGUAUAAAAUGA